CCAAAAAAUGAUAGGUUCGAAAAUUCAUCGGAUGAUGAUUCUGGGAAUGUUAUUGUGAAAAGACCAAGAAAACAAGCGUAUCCUUUGAUACCACGAUUCAAUUCGGAAAAUAACACGAAAAUCCACUCAGAUUCUUCAUUACCACCAAGGAAACGCGUCAAACAAGCGGAACAGAUGUUUCUUGAUUUUGGACAAAAGAAUUUCGGUGUUCACACGUGUCCAGAAUGUCAGAUGCUUUAUAGUCGAGGCACA